CAGCUAUUGGAAGAACCGAGAGCCACGGAAGGCCUCUCGGGAUUGGUUGGACGCAACGGAGGAUCCGCCUGUCCGUGGAGAAAGGGCGACAGCGAUUGGCUGGUCAUGUUAGGUGGAGAGCUUACAUUGGUCAACUCCGGGACGAGGGCGGGACUUAUAUCCCAGAAGCAGCGGCGGCCACUGCGGAGCCGGUGUGAGACGGCUGAAGCGGACCGCGGGCCACUACAGGGCGCGGCGAGAUGGAGGUGUCGGGGACAUCGGCGCCCACCGUGACGGUUUUCAUCAGCAGCUCCCUCAACAGCUUCCGUUCGGAGAAGCGAUACAGUCGUAGCCUCACCAUCGCAGAGUUCAAGUGUAAACUGGAACUGGUGGUGGGCAGCCCUGCUUCCUGCAUGGAACUGGAGCUGUAUGGAGCUGACGACCAGUUCUACAGCAAGUUGGAUCAGGAGGAUGCACUGCUGGGCUCCUAUCCUGUGGAUGAUGGCUGCCGAAUCCAUGUCAUUGACCACAGUGGUGUCCGGCUCGGAGAAUAUGAGGACGUGUCCAAAGUGGAGAAAUACGAGAUCUCACCAGAAGCUUACGAACGGAGACAGAACACAGUUCGAUCCUUCAUGAAGCGCAGCAAGUUAGGCCCGUACAAUGAAGAACUCCGGGCCCAGCAAGAGGCAGAGGCUGCCCAGCGUCUCAGUGAGGAGGAGGCCCAAGCCAGUGCCAUCUCUGUGGGGAGCCGUUGUGAGGUGCGGGCACCCGGCCAGUCCCUUCGCAGGGGCACUGUCAUGUAUGUAGGACUCACAGAUUUCAAGCCAGGCUACUGGGUUGGUGUCCGAUAUGAUGAGCCAUUAGGAAAAAACGAUGGCAGUGUGAAUGGGAAACGCUACUUUGAAUGCCAGGCCAAGUACGGUGCCUUUGUGAAGCCAGCGGCUGUCACGGUGGGAGAUUUCCCAGAGGAAGAUUACGGAUUGGACGAGAUGUGACACUGAUGGACAUGUGACCCUAUCCCUUCCGGCCCCAUCCCUGACACAGCCCCUCUGAAUGCCAGUGGCACCUUUCCUCUGAGAUUUGUGCAUUAAAUUAAGCAGAUCGA